AUGCCCUGGCAUCUAGUGUACUGCUUUGACGAACCCAGACCCAAUACCAUCCGCGAUUCCGACAAAGGCAAAAAAGGGCACCAUGGAAACGCCAAACACAAACAUGCCGGUGCUCUGGUGAAGAAGGGUGACAACGACAAGGCCAGCAGUCACGGCGGGCACCACGUUCAUGCCAAGAAGCACAACGAGCCGGAUCUUUGCGGGUUCAAAGAACUCAAGAAGGCGCUGAGCGACGCAAAGAAGGAGAAGGAGAUGGUGGAGCAGCGCAUGGCCAAAGCGCAGGGGUACACGGAGUUCAAGGUUUGGAAGCGCGAGGCUGAAGAGCUGGACAAGAAGAUCAGCUGGUACAGACGCGAGGCUGAGCAGGAGUUCCGCAAGAUUGUGGAAGAGGACUGA